AAUUCUUACACAACCAAACACGGCCUUAAUUUCUUCAUGAAACCCACCACACACGGCCCAAUAUGACGCCUAGUCAAAAUUCCACAUAUACCCCCGCCCCUUUCUCUUUCUCUCUCUAGGGUUUAGCAGAAGCAAUCACCAUUUCUCGAAACCAAAAAUGGCUUCCAAAACCCUGGUCCGAACCGGAGGUUCUCUUAUGAACCGGUUCUUGUCCAACUCGUUUCUUCACCAGAAACCGAAUCCGAAUCACCAAAUCGUGUCUCAUGGCCUCGAUAUCACUCCAAUGCUAUUCCCGUCGCUCUCCAAGUUUCAGACGUCCCUCCAUUUUCCGCAGCAAAACGACGCCGAAUUGCUGAGAAAAGUAGACGUUGAAGGGUUCGUUUACCCCUGUGGCCUCCCUUCUCUCAGGUUCUUCUUACCGGACGGAGAUGAUUCUUCUUCAAACGAGCCAAUGAUUUUAUUUCCCAAAAGGACUUUCCAACCUAGCCUCAUCCGGCGGAAGAGGAACCAUGGAUUCUUUGCUCGCAAGGCAACCAAAGGUGGGAGGAGAGUCAUUGCUCGAAGAAUAGCAAAGGGCCGUGCAAGAAUUACUGCUUAGCAUCUUUGCCUCUGGCUUGGACUGAAAUCAAGUCUAAAGCUUUCCUUAUUUCUUGGUAGGACUGCAAAUUGGGAAGAAUCUUUACCUUAAAGGUCUAGAAGGCCUUUGAAUACGAUUUGGAUGACCACUUUUCUUUUAUGGAACUUUGAUAUGUAAACUUCCAGAAUCGUUUAUUCUAUAGAUAUGCUUCCCUAUUUUUCUUU